AUGCUGUCAUCAGCCUCGCGCCCCCGGCCGCCGCUUUUCAUUGCCGUCGCCGCUUCGCUUCUCCUCCUUUUCCUAUCGUGGUCGCACCUGGGACUCGCCCGCCAGAAUGCUCUGAACGCCGACUUCGUCCCCGAGACGGUCCAGCUGGAUCAAAAUUUUGGCAAGCCCGCGCAUCCCGAAGGCUUGACCGAGCAGCCGCAGAAGCCCGAGGCCGACACGGGCAAGCUGCCCUGCGCCAACCUCCCCGGAAGCGAGGAUGUCUUUGUCGUCAUGAAGACCAGCGCCACCGAGGUGCACGAGAAGCUGCCGACACACUUGCAGACAACUUUCCGCUGCAUUCCGAAGUUCGCCAUUUUCUCCGACUAUGAGGAGGAGGUCCAGGGCCACAAGGUGUACGACGUUCUCGACGAGGUGAAUGAGGAUCUUAGGAAGACGCACCCGGAUUUCAGCUUGUACAGGCAGCUGCACGACUACAAGAGCAAGGGCAAGGACAUCACUGAGCUCGCCGACAUUGUAGAGCGCCAGGGCGUGAAGCUGGACAAGUGGAAAUUCCUACCGCUUAUGGAGAAGGCCCUGAGAGCUCAGCCGGAAGCCAAGUUCUACUUUUUCAUGGAGGCCGACACUUACAUCAUCUGGUCAAACCUUCUCCGAUGGCUCUCCUUCUUUGAGCCCGAGAAGCCGCUCUACGUCGGCGGUCAAAACUGGAUGCUGGACAAGCAGUUCGCCUCGGGCGGCUCGGGUAUCAUUCUGUCCAAGAACGCCCUUGAGCGGGUGGUGGCGCAGCGGAGGAACAACCUCGAGACCUUUGACAAGCUGACUGCGGCCGACUAUGCCGGCGAUGUUGUGUUGGCGAGGGCGAUGGAGACUGUCGCGGUCCCAUUGACGGGUGCCUUCCCCAUCAUCCAAGGAGAGAACCCGUACACGCUGGACUACACCAAGAACCAUUGGUGCUACCCCGUGGUGUCUUACCACCAUAUGAAGCCCGAGUGGACCAAGGCCAUGUGGGACUUUGAACAGAGCUGGAUGAAUCAGGGUACUGACCGCCCGACGCUCCGUCACCGCGACGUGUUCGCGCAUGUCGUAGCUCCGCAGAUCUCGGGCGAGAAGGACAACUGGGACAACCUGUCGGACGAUUACGAGGAGACGCCGCUAGAAUAUUCCCUGCAGGGGUGCCGCGAGGCAUGCGCGCAGCGGGUAGACUGCGUGCAGUACCUGUCCUCGCCCGGCCGGUGUCAGACAGGAAAGGUGAUACGUCUCGGCCAAGCCGGGUCGGAGAGGGACCCGGUCAACCUUGGCCAAGACACGACCAGUGGUUGGGUCGUCGACCGCAUCAAUGCCUUCAUUCAGAGUGUCGAGCCGUGCCAGCAGGAUAACUGGAUCACGACGCCCGCCACCAUGCAAUAA